UGGAUAUUUUUUUAAGACUGCCUUCAUGAGUUGUAUUUGUAAAGAUCUUACAGUAAUGUUCUUAUUAUACAAUUAAACACAUCCUAGCUGGGCUGUAAAAUAGAGAUAGAGAAAUAAUUGACAGAUACUACACAUAAAAACUUGCUGCAUUGAGAUAUUACUAUGUGGCAUUCUAAUAAUAGUGGACAUCUGUUCGUAACUGUGGAAGAACUGGGCAAUCAACCCUUGUUCAUUUUUGUGUGUGUGCAGCAGCAGUAUCAAAGUGCUUUGUUUUGGGCAGACAAAGUAGCUUCGCUCUCUCAUGAGGAGCCCCAGGAUGUUUAUUGGUUGGCUCAGUGUCUUUAUCUGACUGCACAGUAUCACAGAGCAGCCCAUGCACUUCGGUCACGAAAAUUGGACAAAUUGUAUGAAGCGUGUCGUUACCUUGCAGCCAGAUGUCACUAUGCUGCAAAAGAGUAUCAGCAGGCUCUUGAUAUUCUUGAUAUGGAGGAACCAAUCAACAAAACACUAUUUGAAAAAUACCUGAAGGAUGAAAGCAGCUUGAAAGACUCCUCCAGUGAAUGGGAAAUGUCGCAGUCCUCAAUAAAGAGUUCUAUAUGUCUCCUACGAGGGAAAAUCUAUGAUGCUCUAGAUAACCGAACCCUAGCUACAUACAGUUAUAAAGAGGCUUUGAAGCUUGAUGUCUACUGUUUUGAAGCAUUUGAUCUUUUAACAUCACACCACAUGUUGACAGCCCAAGAAGAAAAAGAACUUCUCGAGUCACUACCUCUUAGCAAGCUCUGUACUGAAGAACAGGAAUUACUACAUUUUCUGUUUGAGAACAAAUUAAAAAAGUAUAAUAAGCCUAGUGAAACUGUUAUCCCCGAGUCUGUAGAUGGCUUGCAAGAGAAUCUGGAUGUGGUAGUAUCUUUAGCUGAAAGACAUUAUUAUAACUGUGAUUUUAAGAUGUGCUACAAGCUUACAUCUGCAGUAAUGGAAAAAGAUCCUUUCCAUGCAAAUUGUUUACCUGUACACAUAGGAACGCUUGUGGAACUGAAUAAAGCAAAUGAGCUUUUCUAUCUUUCUCACAAACUGGUGGAUUUAUAUCCUAGUAAUCCUGUGUCUUGGUUUGCAGUGGGAUGUUAUUAUCUCAUGGUUGGUCAUAAAAAUGAACAUGCCAGAAGAUAUCUCAGCAAAGCUACAACAUUAGAGAAGACCUACGGGCCUGCGUGGAUAGCCUAUGGGCAUUCGUUUGCAGUUGAAAGUGAACAUGACCAGGCCAUGGCUGCCUACUUCACAGCAGCACAGCUAAUGAAAGGGUGUCAUCUGCCAAUGCUAUAUAUUGGAUUAGAAUAUGGUUUGACCAAUAAUUCAAAACUGGCUGAAAGAUUCUUUGGUCAAGCUCUAAGCAUUGCACCAGAAGACCCUUUUGUCAUCCAUGAAGUUGGUGUGGUUGCCUUUCAGAACGGAGAAUGGAAAACGGCAGAAAAAUGGUUUCUCGAUGCUUUGGAAAAAAUUAAAGCAAUUGGAAAUGAGGUAACAGUUGACAAAUGGGAACCUUUGUUGAACAACUUGGGGCAUGUCUGCAGAAAACUUAAAAAAUAUGCUGAGGCAUUGGAUUACCACCGGCAGGCAUUGGUAUUAAUUCCUCAGAAUGCAUCGACUUAUUCUGCCAUAGGAUAUAUCCAUAGUCUGAUGGGCAACUUUGAGAAUGCUGUGGACUAUUUUCACACUGCCCUUGGUCUUAGACGAGAUGACACAUUUUCUGUUACAAUGCUUGGUCAUUGCAUCGAAAUGUACAUUGGUGAUUCUGAAGCUUAUAUUGGAGCAGAUAUUAAAGACAAAUUAAAAUGUUAUGACUUUGAUGUGCAUACAAUGAAGACACUAAAAAACAUUAUUUCACCUCCGUGGGAUUUCAGGGAAUUUGAAGUAGAAAAACAGACUGUGGAAGAAACGGGACUUGCACCAUUGGAAAACUCCAGGAAAACUCCAGAUUCCAGGCCUUCCUUGGAAGAGACUUUUGAAAUUGAAAUGAAUGAAAGUGACAUGAUGUUAGAGACAUCUAUGUCAGACCAGAGCACGUGACUGCAAACAGUGGUCCUGGGCCAGCCUGUGCUGGUAUAGGACCAGAGGCUGCCUUGAGAGACUGACUGGAUAGCACACCUUGCAGCAGAUGUUCUGAGUCUCUGAACUACAAAAUAGUUAUACCUAGUGGAAUAAAAAAGAAGGUAAACCAUUCACUAUGUCUUCUAUUUUUUUCAAUAAACUUUUACUUUGAAUAAAUUUUAGUUUGCAGAAGAGUUGCCAAGAUGGUAGAGAGCUUCUUCAUGUCCCUUGCCAGUGUCCCCCUUGGUAACAUUGAUAGCACAUUGCUAUUAACUGAACCCUAGCGUGCCCUAUGGUUCUCUUUCUGUGCCAGCAUCCUGCCCAUAUUCAUUCAUCACACCUACUCUUUGAACUUGGUUAGGAUGAUGUCUUAUCUUACCUUGUUUUUCAUGACCUGGAAAAUUUAGAGGACACCCCAUCAGGUCUGUAGAAUGUCCCUCCUGAGUUAGGUUAAAUGCCAUAGAGGUGAAGCCCCUUUGUCAUCACAGGUCAUACUAACUUGGAUUGCUUGGUCACAGCACCAUCUGCUAUCAAGUUGCUGUCUUUCCUUUUCUGAGCUCUGUGGGGCAAAGAGGUUAAACCCCAGCUCUUUAGGGGUAAUUUUCAUUUUAUUCCUUCUUGAAGAUCUGUCUCCUCUCUCCCACUUAGGUAUUCAGUCAUUUAUCA